GUUUAUUCCUGGGGUGAUAAUGAUCAUGGUCAACUGGGUAACGGCUUGAAUAAUGUGAACAUGGCGCCCGCCUUGGUUCUCGGAUUGCCGAUACCUUCCUCUUCAUCUCUUUACAAGAAGCCGUGUAUUGGUCAGCUGCAAGUUGCUUGUGGAAGUUCACACAGCGUUGCUUGGUUCAUGCCAGAUUCAAGCCAUGAAUUUUUCAUCAACAGCCCAACCGUCCUCAUGGCUGCCCAUCUGUCUGCUCGUGAUUUACGCAGGGGCAACCGCUUUUCUAGUUGCAUAUCUAUGGCUUCAUUUCGUCUACAGCAAAUUCAUUCUUUCGGUGGACUUAUAAACUCGGCGGUGAAAUCUGCGUUUCCCAACUGUCCUCGUGGCUUCAUUGGAGAGCUUUAUGCUGAAAAAGCUAUCGAGAAAGCCCGUCGGAAGGACGAAUUCGGCUCUUAUAAUGCGCCUGGAAGUGGCGACAUUUUCGGAUUUCGCCCGGUGCCCUUCUUGACCUCUAAGCAGGAUCCGAUCGGUUAUCAAUGCAUAGAGUUGCUUCAAAAUCACGCAUCCGAAGAUCCAGAUUGCUUGUUAACCAAUCUUGAACGGGUCUCUAGUAAGUUGUCUACAACUUCAAGUGCUCCUGUAAGACAAGCAUCCAUUCUCUCAUCUCUUCGACAUCCCUUCACUUCUGGUUCAUCUAGUCUCACAACUCAUACGUUACGUGGAGCAAAUAAAGAGAUGGGAUGGAGAGGAGAAGAUCAACCCAACGUGCGCAAGAAUGAGAAUGACAAAGCGACUACUGCCUCCAACUCUGAUGAAGUCUUUGCUAGUGUCUCCUUCGUUGAUGAAGAUAUAUUAUCUUUACCCUUUGAUAAUAUUUUAGUUUCCUUAGGCAGUCCUGGAAUGGCCGGGGAGCUAGGAAUGACGAAAGCUUACAUUUCUGCUCAUCAAGAAGUGUAA